GUCCGGGGUAUUACCCACAUCUCUCACUCUCCCCACGAGAAAAAUCAAAACGGGAAGAGACGAGAAGCUGGCAGGAAAACAGAAGAAGAAGGAAAAUGUCAGGAGCGGAAGAUCAAGGAGAGUUCUAUCUGAGAUACUACGUAGGGCAUAAGGGUAAAUUCGGGCACGAAUUCCUAGAGUUCGAGUUUCGGCCCGACGGGAAGCUCCGAUACGCCAACAACUCCAACUACAAGAACGAUACAAUGAUUCGCAAGGAAGUCUUCCUCACUCCUGCCGUCCUCAAAGAAUGCCGAAGAAUCAUCGCCGAGAGCGAGAUAAUGAAGGAAGACGAUAACAACUGGCCCGAGCCGGACCGGGUGGGCCGGCAGGAGCUCGAGAUCGUGAUGGGGAACGAGCACAUCUCCUUCACCACUUCGAAGAUCGGAUCUCUUGUCGACGUCCAGAGCAGCAAAGAUCCUGAAGGGCUUCGCAUCUUCUAUUACCUUGUUCAGGACUUGAAAUGCUUUGUGUUCUCACUCAUUUCUCUGCAUUUUAAGAUCAAACCCAUCUAGAGGUGGCGUCAUUUUUUCACUGCUGCCAAGUGCCAACAUUUCAUAGCUUCGAGGUUGAAUGAUGUGUGAUGUGGUGAAUUUGAUUUUUGGUGGUACUCGUCACAGACAUGAGAGUGUUUUCUACACAAGGCAUUGAAGUAUCCAUGGAUUUCUAUCCUCUGUCGAGUAGGUUAUCUAUGUAGAUGUUGCUGACAUUGAUGUGUAUUUGAACUUUAAUGUGUUUCAUUUACGUUUUUAUGAUCUUUCAAUCUGGGAGUAUUUUUGAAGGAGAGAGGGAGCCUUUCUUAUUAACAAAGGUUCUUCUAGCAGGCUUUAAAGAAAAUAGAUGAUCCUCACCUUCUUUUGUUU